AUGGUUGCCGGGGAGAUGCGGUCAGUCAGUUAUGUGCAGCGGGUGGCGCUCGAGUUCAGCGGGAGCCUCUUCCCCCACGCCAUCUGCCUGGGAGACGCCGAUAACGAUACGCUGAACGAGUUAGUGGUGGGGGACACCAACGGGAAACUCUGCGUGUACAAGAAUGACGAUAGCAAGCCCUGGACCGUGCGCUCCUGCCAAGGAAUGCUCACCUGCGUUGGUGUUGGGGACGUGUGCAAUAGAGGAAAGAAUCUGGUUGUUGCCGUGAGUGCGGAGGGCUGGUUUCAUCUCUUUGAUAUGACUCCUCCACCCUCAAAGCAUCCAGAUGCCUCUGGCCACCACGAACCCCCACUGGCAGAUGAGCAGAAGCUGGUGUUCAAGCAGCACAUUCCCGCCAACACCAAGGUCAUGCUGAUCAACGACAUUGAUGGAGAUGGGAAGUUCGAGCUGGUGGUGGGUUACACGGACCGUGUGGUGCGAGCCUUCCGCUGGGAGGACCUGUCUGAGAGCUCCGACCACAUCUCCGGCCAGCUGGUGCUGCUGAAGAAGUGGCUGCUGGAGGGGCAGGUGGACAGCCUCUCUGUGAACCCGGGCCCUGAUGGUGUCCCCGAGAUGAUGGUGUCCCAGCCAGGCUGUGGCUAUGCUAUCCUGCUCUGCACCUGGAAGCCGGACCAGCAGCCCCUAGCAGAGAGCGGAGACAGCUCUGCAACCAGCAGGGAGGCCCCCGUUCGGGACGUUAUCCUUCACCAGACAUCUGGCAGGAUUCAUAACAAAAACGUUUCCACUCAUCUAAUUGGCAGCAUUGGCCGAGGCUGCACUAAAGCGGAUGCUGGCUCGGGCCUCUUUGCCCUCUGCACUCUGGACGGAACGUUGAAGCUCAUGGAGGGGGCGGAUAAGCUGCUGUGGUCCGUGCAGGUUGAUCACCAGCUCUUUGCUCUGGAAAAACUGGAUGUUACUGGCAAUGGGCAUGAAGAGGUGAUUGCCUGCGCCUGGGAUGGCCAGACGUACAUCAUCGACCACAAUCGGACUGUGGCCAGAUUCCAAGUGGACGAGAACGUCAGCGCGUUCUGUGCUGGCCUCUAUGCAUGCAAAGGAGGCCACAAUAGCCCCUGCCUGGUUUACGUCAGUUUCAACCAGAAGAUCUACAUCUACUGGGAUGUGCAGCUGGAGAGAAUGGAAUCCACCAACCUGCUGAAGAUACUAGAGACCAACCCAGAAUACAGGGACCUUCUGCAGCAGCUGGGCGUGGAUGGAGAUGAUGUCUCGGCUGUCAAAGAUCUGAUUCACAAGACCCUGUACUUCCCAGAAAAGCAGCCACAGAACAGCCCUUGCCAACAUCGGGGCCCUGCUGGAGCAGACUCCUCCAGUCACCCCACCGUUGCCCAAGACUCGUGGAACUUUCCCACAGGAAGAGCAAGCCCUCUCCAGCUGCUACCUCUGUCACUCAGGCCAGGAGAGGGUCAAGCAUUGAUAUGGGGAGCUAAGCUUUGGGACAGCAAGGGCAUCUGUUCUGAGAGCGGAGAACAUGCUCUUCUCUGUCUCCUGCGUCACUGA